AAGCAAGCAAAACUGAUGACGAUUUGACUCCACCUCAUGAUGCCAUUUAGCAACAGAUGAGCCGCGGAGCUUGUUCAUUCCGUGCUGCCCACGGUCUCAGCGUCUCUUUCACUCUUGCGCAUUAAAGGGAGCCCUACCCGGUUGUGUAAUGUCCGUCGGGGUCGCGGCGCGCCCCUUCUCCCUUCUUGGACCGUAGCUGGGCGGCUUCCUCAUCCGACCUGCGAGCGCUUUCGGCUGGCCGCGAGUCUCUCCAGUGCAUCGCUAUGGAUGUGGCGUGGAUGCUGCUGCUGCUGUUUCCACUCCUGAUGUGGACCAGCAGCACGUUUGUGUUCUAUUUCAAAAAGUUCUUCUACGUGGCCUGGAUGAUGUUCCUGGCCAUUCUGGGGAUUCCCGUAUGUUUACUGAAAAGCGGAGGGAGAGACGUGGAAAACAUGAGGAUUAUCCGUUCUAUGGUCCGUCAUGUCAAGUACUUGUUUGGGCUUCGAAUUGAAGUGAGCGGCUGGGAGCACCUGCAGACAGAAGGGCCUUAUGUCAUCAUCUCCAACCACCAGAGCUCCCUGGAUGUUCUGGGUAGGCGUCGUGGUUCCUGUCAUGUCACCUCUGAACCAGGGAUGAUGGAGAUCCUACCCGACCGCUGCACCACGAUAGCCAAGAAGGAACUGGUUUACGCCGGCACGGUCGGCCUCAUCUGCUGGCUCGCCGGCAUCGUUUUCAUCAACCGCAAAAAGACGAGCGACGCCAAGAGCGUCAUGGCCGACGCUGCCAAAACCAUGCUCGAUGAGCAGAUUCGAUUGUGGGUCUUCCCAGAGGGAACGCGCAACCAGAACGGCGACUUGCUGCCCUUUAAAAAAGGGGCUUUCCACCUGGCUGUGCAGGCACAAGUUCCCAUCGUACCUGUAGUCUUCUCCUCCUACAGCAGUUUCUACCUUCGGAAAGAAAAGCAGUUCAAAUCAGGAGUCAUCAGGUUGAGGAUCCUUCCAAAGAUUGAGACAAAGGGACUGACCUCAGACGACGUGUCUUGUCUGUCUGACCAAUCGCACAGCCUGAUGCGUACCGCUUUCCUGGAAAUCUCCGACUUGGUAGCCAAGAGCAACGGGCCCCUAAAGCACUGAAAUAUCGGCCAAUACAGCCUCUUGUUUUUUCUUUUUCCAACCCGUGUCGGAGACCUCCCAGCCCCUCAGACCUCUCUGCUUUCUCCCGGAAGGCCCCGUGGCCUGACCGGGAGACGAGACGAGGACGUCUCUGUCCUCUGGCCCGAUCGGAAGAGCUCAGUCAGUCCUGACCCUCGGCGGCGCUCGCCGCGGCGCGAGCGGAGUGACGGACGGCAAGCCGAACAGUACGGAUGUGUGUCAUUCAUGCAUGCCUUCUGGAUGACUUUGUCCGCCUUCAUUGUUGCUUUGUACUUUGGCUUUAUUUCCCCGAUCUUGAACAAUUUUUGCUUUCCUUUCGCCUUUCUCCCUUCCCCCAUUUUUUUUUUUUUCUUUGUUGCCUUUUGUUUAUUGGACAAACUUUGACGGGGUUUUUUUUUCAUAACGUCUCUAGAUAUUUAUGUGCUCCUCUCAUAUUGCCUUGAGUUUAUUUUUUGGCUUUAUAGAUAUACUCACAGCCCCCCAUCUUUGUCCUUCCUUUGCUUUUUAGUUUUUUCUGACUUUUCUGCAUUCCAGACUCUUUGCUCAAAUGGCCAGCGGAGCGGGAUCUCCACCAGAAGUUGGAGGAAACGCUAUGAAUUCAACUCUUUUACGUUCACAUUGGCUCAGUGGCGUGACGCCCCAUCAACGAACCGAUCGGUGUCUUGUGUUUGUGGUCUUUUUCCAGAGCAGCAGAAAUAACCGUCGUGCAGCAAUCAGCAGCAAGUUUCCUCUCGCGGUCUUCUGUGUAUUUUUUUGUUUUGUUGUUUUUUUUGCUCUAUUUAUUAUUUCCACAUAGGAUUAGAUUUGUUUUCCUGCUUUUUAAAAGCGAAUCACAUGUUUUAGCUCCUUAGGAACAACUAUAUAUUUGAAAUGUGUCAGAAAGCGACUGACUUUGUGUCUUGAAGUGAUGCCGUUUUAGCAUUACAGUUCCAAAGUGCAAGCUACCUGCUGUGCCAUGACAUUUCCUAUAAAAGCGUCUAAGGAAUGCUGACUGAUUUACCUUUUACCAAUAAUAUGAAGCCGAUCUAAUGGGCGUGUCGCUAAUUCUUAUCUCACUCGAUUAGCAAACCUGUACCCAAUAGGAGUUUAAGUUAAAAAAUCUAUUUUUGGGUGACUGAACUGAAGUUUUUGUUGUUGUUCAUCUUUAAAAAAAAAAAAAAGUUUUUUAGUUUUGAUUAAGUUAAGACUUCUUCUCCAGAGGAAUUACUGCAUUAUUUGAAAUAAAUAGUGAAGAUUUUUGGCCUUA